UGCGUCAUCACUGUUAAUGAAAAAUUGCCCAACAAUGGAACGUCUAUGGGAAUCGUGAGAAACUACAUUAUGGUAACAAUUAGGAAUGAUCCUGGCAGUCGUGGCAAACAGCGGCAAUGAAACCUCAAGAAAGUGGUCGAAUGUCGCAGAUAGUCUUGGCCGAAGGUAGCACAUUUAAAGGGAAACAAACCUCAAUUAUUAAAAUUUGGAGGGAAAUCAAUUUAAAGCUCUGCAAUUAUAUACAAAUAAACUUGUCAUGGAAGUAAUGGAUCUUGACGAACAACAACCCGGCACCUCUAAAGCGAUCGAUAGUGAGUUACCUAAGAAGACGUGUAAUCUACCUUGGAUCGAAAAAUACAGACCGCAAACGUUCCAAGAAAUUGUGGGUAAUGAAGACACGGUAACUAGGCUUUCAAUAUUCGCCAAGCAAGGCAAUGUACCUAAUCUUAUUAUAGCCGGACCGCCCGGAGUCGGAAAAACGACCACAAUUCUCUGUUUAGCGAAAAUUCUGCUUGGUCCGGCCUUUAAAGAUGCUGUUCUGGAGUUAAACGCAUCCAAUGACCGCGGAAUAGACGUAGUUCGUAACAAAGUUAAGAUGUUUGCUCAACAAAAGGUCACCCUGCCUCCUGGUAGGCACAAAAUUAUCAUUUUAGAUGAAGUUGAUAGUAUGACCGAUGGAGCCCAACAGGCUUUAAGAAGAACCAUGGAAAUUUACAGCAACACCACUAGAUUUGCUCUAGCCUGCAAUUAUAGUGAAAAAGUAAUUGAACCCAUUCAAUCCCGUUGUGGUGUUCUUAGAUAUUCGAGGCUGACUGAUGCCCAAGUGUUGGCUCGUGUAAUGCAGGUUUGUGAGAAGGAAAACGUCCAAUUCACAGAAGAUGGCUUGGAAGCUAUAGUUUUUACAGCCCAAGGUGAUAUGAGGCAGGCUCUGAACAAUCUACAAUCAACUCACAAUGGUUUUGGUUUGGUUAACUCCUCCAAUGUAUUUAAAGUAUGCGAUGAGCCUCACCCCAUGCUUAUCAAGGAAAUGAUCAAGUACUGCAUUGAGGGAAAUAUUAGGAAAGCAUAUAAGGUAAUCGAACACCUCUGGAAUUUGGGCUACGCUGCUGAAGAUAUAAUCAAAAACAUAUUUAAAGUAUGCAAGAACAUGGACAUUGAUGAGCCAUUGAAAUUAGCUUUUAUUAAGGAAGUGGCAUGCACCCACCAGAGGAUUGUCGAUGGAUUAUGCACUCUCCUGCAAAUGUCGGGUCUUUUGUGUCGGUUGUGCGCUGCUUCCAAAGGUCCUGGAGAAAAUUAAAUUUGUUUUUUUGUAAUUUUCUUUUUUUUUUCUUCCAGUGUCAUCCCCUAAGGGAGGUUCUAAAUGCGUCUUUGUCUCUUGCAAUCAGCUCUCCUACACUCAUCUAAGUCUAGUCUCUGAUGUUCUUUCUUCCUUUGCCUUUUCUUCCGUCCAGUCGUGCCUGCAUGAUAAUCUGUAGUAGUUUGUACAUAUUAUUUCUCAAAAUAUGGUCAAGAUAAGUUGUUUAUCUUCGUUUGAUCACACUCAUUAAUUUCCUUUCUUGUCCUAUUCUUAUUAAUGCUUCCUCAUUAGUAAUGCUAGCAGUUCAGGGGAUUUUUAAGGUUCUGCGAUACAGCCAUAUUUCAAAAGACUCUAUUUUCUUGAUGAUGGUCUGAGCCUCGAGAGUCCAAGUUUCUACUUCAUACAGUAGUUGUGACCACACGUAGCACUCAAUAAACUUUAAUCUUAGUUUAAAGCGUAGAUUUUUGUCGCUGAAUAGUGUUUUGAAUCUUAAGAACGACUUAUUGUUAUUUCGUGGUCUCGUCUAGGUCGGAAGUUAUGUAAGUUCCUAGAUAUUUAUAUUUUUUUCACGCGCUCUAUGGGUUGUAUCAUCAGCUGACUUUGACUGACUGGGUUUUUCGAGACAAUCACGAAUUUAGUUUUUACAGAAUUAAUUGUCCUAUUUUAAUGCU